AUGAGCGGCGAGAUCGAUGCUGUCUACAUAUUUGACGAGCAAAAUGCCCCUCUCGUCGAACAUGUAUACAGAGCACGCCCGCCUUCGGCCGCAACCCUCCUACCCCUCUACCUCGCUCAUCCUGCCCCUCGCCCUUCUUUGCUAUAUAUCCCCAGUGCCAACCCACCGGUCACAGUAUUCUCAAUAGUACAGUCGAAUCUACUGUUUCUUGCGGUCUCUGAAGUCGAUACAGAGCCACUGUUGGUGUUAGAGUUCCUGCAUCGUGUGGUUGAUAUACUGGAGGAUUUCGUUGGCGCUCCGCUUCUCUCUACCAAAAUCCAGGGAAACUACAAUGUGGUCGCCCAGUUACUACAUGAAAUAUGUGAUGGUGGAAUAGUAUGCAAUACCGAACCCAACUCUCUGCAAGAGGUUGUUGAGGUCCCAGGGUGGAUGGGUAAGCUUCUCGGGGGAAUAAGUGUGCCUGGAACUUCUGCACAAACUACAAGUAACCCUCUAAAACAGUCACUAGCCGCUGCCAGUGCAGCUCAAGGUCCGGCGAUUCCUUGGCGACGACCCGGGGUACGGCACACGUCUAACGAGCUUUAUGUUGAUAUCGUUGAAUCUCUUUCUGUGACAAUGGCACCUUCAGGACGAUUACUCUCUGCGCUGGUAUCUGGCACGAUCGCAUUCACAGCCAAGAUAUCUGGCGUCCCCGACCUUCUCUUGUCAUUAUCGGCUCCCGGCGGCCAACAGGCCCUCGCCCGCAAGAUCGAAUUGCCCGUUUUCCACCCAUGUGUUCGCCUUGCUCGCUGGCGUGAUCGACCUGGAGAGCUGAGCUUUGUGCCUCCAGACGGUCGAUUUAUUCUGGCCGGAUAUGAAGUCGAUCUGCUCCCAAUCGAUCCGGAUCUUGACGAACCGCCCAGCCAUAUGGAGAAACUGUUCCUUCCUGCCAUUGUAGAUAUUCGGAAGUCGCUGGGUACAACUGGAUCGGAAUUCGAAGUUCGAUUAAUACUCAACACUGACUUCCCUGGCCAAACCUCAUCUUCUCGACCAGCCCCCUCACGAGGUGGAUCAGGAACAUCUACACCUUCAUUCCUUGGCGGCGGUAGUAACGCUACAGGGCCGGUCUUGGAAGAGGUGGUUGUCAGUAUCCCGAUUUCCAAAUCUGUACGGCACAUUACGGACAUGCAGGCCAGUCGUGGUGAUGCGCAGUACUCUCACGGGACUGGACUGCUUGAAUGGCGAGUCCCAACAGGUCGUGAUGCUGGAUCGAUUUCAGGCACUGCAACUUUACGCUGUACUGUCGCAGGCUGGCCUUCGGCAGACGAGGAUGUUGACAGUCUCGAAGAAGCCGACGAAGAUACCGACACAAACCUUCUACAGGGCUAUUACGAAGACCCUGCCUCUUACGAUAAUCCUUCCACCAGCAAAUCCCGCAAGACCCGGUCAUCCGACCCUACAAAGAAGAAGAAAAAGAAGAAGAAGUCAAGUAAAAAGUCAUCCAAAUCUGCUGCUGCUGAUGCCGCUACGCUUAUUGAAGAUACGGGCGAUGGCCAAGGGGAAGGUGGCGCAGAGGAGCAAGUGAAGGCUUCUGCUUCUCCUUCUCCAAAUCCCUCCAACCCCCAUACCCCAACGCUUUCCUCGCAACCUCAAUCACAAACUCUUUCACAUAAUUCAUCGAAGCUCCCAUCAUUCUUUGCACCAUCAUCUGCAUCCCGCCCUGUACCCCGCAGAACCAAAGUCCAGAUCAACGCGAACCUAAUGCCAAACUCAGCCACGGUUUCUUUCUCAGUACGGGGCUGGCUACCCUCUGGUAUCAAGGUGGACGGGUUGAAUAUUGAUCAUCGGCGCAGUCGUGGUCUCGGCGAGAGCGUGAAGCCAUAUAAGGGGGUGAAAUAUUUAUGCGUGAGUCGACGCGGUGUGGAGAGACGUGUUUAA